UCACAGUUGUCAUGGAUGAUGAUGAUGACUCGUGUCUCCUUGAUCUUAUUGGAGACCCACAAGCAUUGAACUACUUUCUACAUGGACCUAGUAAUAAAUCUAGCAGCGAUGACCUGACCAAUGCAGGAUAUUCUGCAGCCAAUUCAAACUCAAUUUUCGCCAACUCUACUAAUGCUGAUCCUAAGGCAACCCUCAAGGGUGUAAGCACCCAGCUUGGAGAAGGGCCCAGUGAUGGACUUCCGCUUUCCAGCAGCCUUCAGUUUCUUGAAGAUGAACUUGAGUCUUCUCCUCUUCCUGAUCUCAGUGAGGACCAACCUUUCGACAUUCUUCAGAAAUCCUUGCAGGAGGCGAAUAUCACCGAGCAGACGCUGGCAGAAGAGGCGUAUCUGGACGCCAGUAUAGGUUCGAGCCAACAGUUUGCACAAGCUCAGCUUCAUCCUUCCUCAUCAGCAUCCUUCACUCAGGCUUCUAACGUUUCGAAUUACUCAGGUCAGACGCUGCACCCCAUUGGGGUGACUCACGUGCCUGUGGGAGCAUCGUUCGCAAGCAAUACAGUGGGUGUGCAACAUGGCUUCAUGCAGCACGUGGGAAUCAGUGUUCCCAGCCAGCAUUUGCCUAACAGCAGUCAGAUUAGUGGUUCUGGUCAAAUACAGUUAAUCGGGUCAUUUGGUAAUCAACCUUCCAUGAUGACAAUUAACAACCUCGAUGGCUCACAGAUCAUCCUGAAGGGCAGCGGGCAGCAGGGCCCGUCAAAUGUGAGUGGAGGGCUUCUGGUUCAUAGACAGACUCCUAACGGGAGCUCACUGUUCGGGAACUCCAAUUCCAGCCCGGUAGCACAGCCUGUCACUGUUCCCUUUAACAGCACAAAUUUUCAGACAUCCUUACCUGUGCAUAACAUCAUCAUACAGAGAGGACUCGCACCAAAUUCAAAUAAAGUCCCAAUUAAUAUCCAGCCAAAGCCUAUCCAGAUGGGUCAGCAGAACACGUACAAUGUGAACAAUCUGGGAAUUCAGCAGCACCACGUCCAACAAGGGAUCUCUUUUGCCUCCGCCAGCUCGCCGCAGGGCUCCGUCGUGGGCCCACACAUGUCUGUGAACAUUGUAAACCAACAGAACCCGAGAAAGCCGGUCACCUCGCAGGCCGUGAGCAACGCGGGGGGCAGCAUCGUCAUCCAUUCCCCCAUGGGCCAGCCUCACGCACCCCAAAGCCAAUUCCUCAUACCGACAAGCCUUUCCGUCAGCUCCAACUCGGUACACCACGUGCAGACCAUCAAUGGGCAACUUCUUCAGACUCAGCCAUCUCAGCUCAUUUCCGGCCAGGCGGCCUCAGAGCAUGUCAUGUUGAACAGAAACUCCUCCAACAUGCUCAGGACCAACCAACCAUAUUCUGGACAGAUGCUUAACAACCAGAAUACCGCCGUCCAGUUAGUGUCUGGGCAGACGUUCACCACCUCCGGAAGUCCAGUGAUCGUCAAUCACGCCUCUCCUCAGAUCGGACAGAUGCCCUUGCAGCAGGCAUCGCCCGCCGUACUGCACCUGUCACCCGGGCAGAGCAGCGUCUCCCAGGGGAGACCCGGCUUUACCUCCAUGCCCUCGGUGACAAACAUGUCGGGACCUCCUCGGUUUCCUGCUGUCAGCUCAGCCAGCACUGCCCAUCCUAGUCUGGGGUCUGCAGUUCCAUCUGGGACAUCGGGAUCAAAUUUCACAGGAGAUCAGGUCCCCCAGCCAAACAGGACUCCUGCGCCCGUGGCUGCGGCGCACCGUCUCCCAGCCUCCGCCGCCAGCUCCCCCAGCACCUUCAGCACCACGCCCGCAGCGGGGACCCAGCAGCAGUUCUUCUGCCAGUGCCGACUCUCCACGCUCAUCUGGUCACUUCUCCAGUCAGCCCACAUUGGGCCAGCAGGCACUUCUCCAAAUCGGUCGCUGGGCCUUUGGUGUUGUUAUUCUAGUAGCAAGGUUUCAGCUCAGAGCCAGGGCUUCCAGGCUGACUUCUGUUGUUCCCUGAAGCCUGAUAAAGCUGCUCACGAGACCCAGUGUGGCCGCAGUGACCAGGCUGGUGGGAAAGUGACCAGCUCUUUACAUCAGGGGGCUAAGGCCCAAAGCAGAGACCGAGCCAAACCAGGCGUGGCCGAACCACUGAAUCAUGACCAAUCUCAUGCAGUGCCUAACCACAUGGUGGUCUCCGCAGAGGGGAGCGUUUCUAAAAACACAGAAUGCCGAGUGCCGACCCGUGACAAAGCGGGCCCAGUUCAGUACCGGAGUGCGAACGAGGACAGGGGCAGCCGGAGAGACCCCGUGAGGGCGGGUGAGGGCUCUCCGGGCACCGAGGGGCCCCGCAAAACCUCGUCCAGACCGGAUCAUGGUACUGACGGCAAGCUGUCCAGCCUCCUGGUGGACCCUCACCUGGAGAUGACGUGCAACAGCUCCUUCCAGGACAGGGCGCUGAGGAGUUCGCCAAAGAAUGAAGUUCUGCGCACCGACAUCCUGAGGGGCUCGGGGGAGCCCCAGGCCGACCUUCAGCUCACCAAGAGUUUAGAAACAACUUUUAAGAACAUCUUGGAGCUCAAAAAGGCUGGGCGGCAGCCUCAGAGCGACCCCACGGUGAGCGGCUCCAUGGAGUUAGACUUCCCCAACUUCUCUCCGAUGGCCUCGCAGGAAAACUGCCUGGAAAAGUUCAUCCCGGACCACAGUGAAGGCGUCGUAGAAACGGACUCCAUAUUAGAAGCAGCUGUAAAUAGUAUCCUAGAGUGUUAAUAGCAGCCGUCCCUCCCCACCCGACACCCGCCCCGGACACGCUCCAUUCUCUCCCGGCAAAGCAAAUGGAAACGGUCUCCUGUCUCCAGCCUGCUAGACCUCCGCACAGGUUCCUCCUCCUCCUCCUUUUCCUCCUUCUCCUCCCCUUUUCCCCUUCCUCCUCUUCCUCCCCCUUUUCCUCACUUCCCCACCUCGCAGUCCUGGUCUUUGUUUAAGAGCAAUACCGCCAUGGUUCCAGGGAGAUCUUCGUGCAGUCUGAUAGGCCCCUCACCCUCCCAGUGUUACCAAAGUGCUUACAGUCUUUCGUUGUUCUUGUUUAUUUGUUUUCUUUUUCUUUUUUUCAUUUUUUUAAAACACUGUCACUCAAUGAGAUCACAAUACACUUGGCCCUUGGGUAAAAUUUUGACAAUCAGUAAGUCAUUUGAAAAGAACAGACUUAUUAAAAAACAAAAAUCAAACAGGACUGAUAGAAGCGACUUUGUAGAGAAUAUCUCACUGCAGCUCUUAAAUUUAGUGGGCGUUUUUGGUUUGUGUUUUUGGUGGGGGGGCUGUUACAGGAAGACCGCCCAUGUCUCCCGACGCGGCCCUCUGGGAGGUUAGUUGCUGGCUGCUCUGCCUGGACCGCACAGCUGGUCUCAGACGCCAGCAGCACACAAGGCAGGGCGCCUGCGCCGCCAUCCCAGUGUUUUUCCCAUGUCCAGGAGCAAAGCUCACGCUCUCGGGUUUCCCUGUGCCGAUCUCACCUAGGGAAUGCUCAGAACUCAGCUCAGCGUGUGAGUUGAAAUCAUCUCAGCAGGGUAAAUACGGGAAAAGGGAAAAGUUGAGUGUACUGGGGAGGUUGGGUAGAGCCAUGAGGGUUAGCCUAUGUAUAUAUGUCAAAGCAUAUAUAUGUUAACUAUUGAGAAAAACAAGAGUUGUGCGUUUUCUAGUCGGGCGGAGUCAGCGUGCCGCGCAGGCUCUCGUGUUGCUGGGCUCUGUUUUGCUUAAACUCUCCAGUAGCCAAGCGUCAAAAAGCACUUUUGUUGGAAAACUAGGUUUUCAGUUUUCUUUUUUCAUUUUCAACUUGAAGGAGACUUUGCCCUUGUUCAUUCUUCUUGUCUGACAGCAGUAGUCACCCCUGGCAGCAUUCAUUACCAAAACACAGACACACCAAAGGUAACCAGCCGGCCCAACACUGAAGGAAAGCGCUGAGCCCCCAGACCUAGGACAGCCGAAGGGAAGGCCCGCCACGGUUUGCGUUUGUCUCGUGUUCAUCUCGUGAACGCGACUCACUGCUUUAUUUCUCUCUGUUCAGGGAGUUCCCCAUCCUCCUCCCUUGUGCACCUGCCCGCUCACCCCUCUCUGUUGCUACUUCCAGCGACAGUGGUGGUCACUGAGAAAGCCACCUGAGGUGCUGCGUUUGAGCUAUGGAGACCCACAGUCCUCUUGAUUACUGUGGGUGCCUCUGCACCCACAGGUCUGCUGUGGACAUGUCCCCCAAAUGGGGGUGACCCCAAGUGUCAUCAUGUUGGGCAUUUCCUUUCCACUUUGGCCUACCAUAGAAAGGAAGGCUUCUGAUUUUUUCAAAAACAGCACUAAGCCAGGCGUGGUAGCCCAAUCCCAGCAUUCUCCAGCUCUGAUGCUGAGGUAGGAAGACUUCAAGUUCAAGGCCAGCCUGGGCUACAUAGUGAGACCCUGUCUCAAAAACAAACUACAACAACAAAUAAAAGCCCGUGGCAACAGACCUGUUGCCUUCCUGGCACUGUCUCACUGCCCAAAGCAACCCUGUGAGCAGGCAGUCUACAGAAGGCCCUGCUUCUCCCUCCCAGCUCUGGCCUAUGGAAAUAGCAAAAUCUGAGCCAUUGUAGGGCUACCAUUUUUCCCCUUAUUUGUGCCAAUGUCCAAGUUGAAGAUUUCCCCUUCUUCCUGUACUACAAGAUAAGUUAGGAUUGCCAGUUGGAACUCUGUUUGGGCAGCCCUGAUCAGCGCCUGCCCUGAACCCCAGAUUUCACACGUUCCUCUCCUCCGCCUCACACUCCCCCUCUCACAACGGUCCCUGGAAGCCUUCACCUAGGCUGCUAAUGAAUUAUAUUAAUCACUGCAAAUCAGGAAUUUUUAAGAGACAAGCUUCUUGUACAUUGUCACCUCUUCCCUCCCCUGCCCGUCACCCCAAUCAAUCCUAGCUUUUUUAUAGGUCAUCAUACAGGUUUUCAAACCCCUAAAACGUAUCCAGCUAAUGGAGAGCCUAAAUCACCCAAAUGAACACUUGUAAAUUUUUGUGUACUUGUAUGUAAGUUUACUUUUUAUGGAGGAAAGAUUCUAGAUAACGACAAAUGAAGACUAUGAAAUGUAUUUUGCUCCUGUGAUUAGGUUCUGCGCACAUGGGUCAUAGCUGGACCGUUGAGCCCCUCUGGCUGGCGCGCGGGGGGGCGGGGGGCGGGGCGCUCAGCCUCUCACGGCCAACGUUCAGUGUUUGGGUUCAUUAGUCAAAGUUAAGGAAUAACUUGUGCUUCGUAUCAAAAAAGAAAAAAAAUCAUUCUCCUU